AUGGGCGAUCAACGAUAUCGACCUUACGACAAUACCGACCCGCCCCAAGAGACCAAUUAUCAAUGGGUGAGCCAGGAUCAGAGCGCCCAAUCCCAAGACCAGUAUGACCCUCAGGCGGCGAUGCCUCGUGCUUUGCCAAACCCGCAGCCGUUCAGUGGCGGCCAUGUCUAUCCUAGCCAGUAUUUCCCUACGCAAGGCGCCUACCAGUCCACAAACCCUCUAGUUGCUGGUAAUGUCAACCCAGGUUAUAUGCAGCCAUUACCCGCAGCGAACAUGAUGUACCCUCCCAGCGCGUUGCCUCAGUACCAACAGUCGAAUUUUCCCAAUAGCGCCCCGCUGCAGAGUCAAGAUCAAUACCUGACAGCGUAUGAACCGCAUCUAGUCCCACAGUUCGGCGAGGUCACAAGGCGGGCAUUUACGCGCAUCAAAGAUGGUAAGGAGGUCUACGAGCCCUCGAUGUCACGCCAAAGGGGCAGCACAAUAGCCGACCCAGCGUCAAUCGAGGAGGGCGGCAGAACGUGGCAAAACUACCGUGAGGGCCGAUACUUCUUGCCCAACGACGCCAUCGAGCAGGAUCGUCUGGACUUCAACCACGUUCCACUGACCAUGUUAUUGAAUGACGCGCUGCACCUCGCACCGGUGCGGAAUCCAAGACGCGUCCUGGACAUUGGCACGGGGACCGGUAUCUGGGCGAUCCACUUCGCGGAGCGCAAUCCCUACUCAAAGGUGAUCGGGACCGAUCUGAGCAUGAUACAGCCUGCAGUGCAUCUGAAGCUUCCCAACAUCGAGUUCCACAGAGAUGACUGCGAGGGCGACUGGAUAUUUGACGAGGCCUUCGAUUUCAUCCACCAGCGCCUCAUGUUUACUGGCAUUAACGAUCCUCAAGCACUAGCAAAGAAGAUGUACGACAACCUGGAGCCGGGAGGCUGGGCAGAAUACCAAGACACGACUAUACAUGUCGAGAGCGAUGAUAGAUCCCACAUCGGCACGGCCGUACAUCAGUGGGGCCAUCUGGCCAUGGCCGCCGCCGCGGCCAAGGGAAGAGACAUGGACGUCUCUCGCAAGUACAAGGACUAUCUCACCAAUGCCGGCUUCGUGGAUGUCACUGAGAAGAAGCUGAAGCUUUGGGGAAACCAUUGGCCGUCGGAUCCCGUCGCGAAGAAGAUCGGAAAGUACACGUGCAUGAGCUGCGUUGAGGCCGUCCAGGCCAUGUCAGUCAAGCUCCUACAGGAUGGCUUGGAGUGGCCGGUAAAAGAUGUGGAAGGCCUGGUCAGAAGGGCGCAGGAGGAUAUGAAGAACCCAAACAUCCGAUGGUAUCUACCAUUUUAUGUUGUUUAUGGGCGAAAACCUUUACCCAACGAGAUAGCGACCCAGAGAGAGUGA